AAAUGAAGAUUUAUUUGCGAUGAAAACGGAACUAUUUUCUCCAUUUAGCUGUAGGCCCUAGUAGGUGCUGGGCGCAACUGAUAGAGAAAGAAUUAUGCUAGGAGUAGUGUCCUCCGUUGGCUGUAUUCGUAGUGCUAGUGAUAGUGUAGGCUUCUAUCUUAGGCUUCUUAGAAAAGACUAGACGUAAGUGAUAGCCUGAGACUUACCGGGAGGAGGAUGACCAUUAGUCCUGGAUACUGAGCGGUGCGGUGAGCCCAAAGUGGCUUUCAUCUGGGAAAGAGAAGAAGCGGGCGCCGGGGGACAUACAAGCCACGAUCGGUGUCAACGUCGACUCAGUAAAAUACGUAGGUCUGGCUGUCAACGGCCUAACCCAGGGAUAUGGCUAUGCACAGGGAAGAAAGAAAGUCUACUUAACAGUCGUUGCAUGCCGCGUGGCAUUGGAAAUGCACUCGAUUUUUUUGUCUGCAGCUUACACUUCUCAACGAUACCCCCGCGCUGAAUCUUCACUACAUCAGUGCCCACUCUUUUGAAGACCGGACCUUGCAUCUGGACUGGAAAUCAGGCGCCGCUUUCGCUUUUUUUCAACGAAAAGAAGAUAAAAGAUGCAUAGAUAGUACGCGCUCAGUAACGACACGCCAACGAAUUUACAACCGAUCUUCUAGUAUAGUUGCAUCAGAAGUAUUGCGACGAGAACGAACAGGUUGGGAUAAAAAGUAGUUGCACAAUAAUCGUCACUAAGGACGCAGACCACUGCUGCGAAUUAUCCAGGAAAGCGAAAAGAUAAACGAGGUGAUACGCGGAACGACACUUAGAGUUAGGAGGUUAAAAGUUAUUCACCGAUACGCAAUUUUCAGCUCAAUCAACGACCAUCUUCCUGCGUCAGUGACUAGCAGUUCUUAGAGCAGUACUACAGCGGAGAAGAAGGCGAUAACCCCUGUCAACUGCUUCGUAACUGCUGCUUUCUCUCGGGUCAUUCUUGUACUGUUGUAUAUCAGUAACACAACGAGGACAACUACGACUAAAACUACAAGUCGUAUCACUCAGAGUCGAUGAUGCUCUUCCCGAUCGGAAGGCAAUGCCGGUACUCUCUUUGAAUGAGGAUGCGGGUAACGCUUGUGCACAGUUUUUGCAGAUAAUCGACGAGCGCAGUAAGCAGGCAGGAAGUAUCCUCGCAUUCGUGUCCUGCGACGUAGACGCUAUCUGUGCGUACUUCUAAUUUGUUAUAAGUAUUUACUUUGACGGCUUGAUUUUCUUUAGUCAGAGUUGCAAUACAACUUGUUUGAACUCUGAAGAUGAUAGUAGGAAUACCUACUUGAAGAUAAGUCAACAACAUCGAGUGGAAAACUUCUUGUUUCACUUCCAUGAAUCACCUACUCCCGCUCCCAGGUAUAAAAUCCUUGAAGAGAUAUGUCGCGUGAGGUCGAUUUCAGUGAGCUCGGCUCCCGCAACAGAUUGGGAGUCCGUGAAAGAACAUGUAGAAAAGUUCGAAGAAGACGAUCUAGAUGUUCCAGGUUUAGUGGUGCUCCUAGGAUGCGGAGGCAUGCAAAACCUGCCAGAGUUUCUGUACAACACAAAAAUACGGAGAACGACGAAACUCGUUUGUACCUCUUGUUAAACUUAGACUUUAUGUUGCUUCUUCAUUCAAUGCCUGUAGUUCUUGGCUCUGCUCUCGCGCUUACCAGUUACUUUAUGUUGCAGCUUGAUGCUUGUUAUUGAUGUUUUUUUUGACUACUUGUCGCCUGCAUCAAGCUUGUUGCUAUGGAGUUCAUCAUGGUAACAAGUUACUUGAUUCAAUGAGCACGUGGUUCCUCCUAGUCGCAUUAGCAUGAGAAAACAUACUGAUACCACAAUUAGCAUGAGAAACCUCUAUUUCCUCACUCCACAACUCAUCCUUAGCUAAGUCCGCCAGGUCUAGACUCACAGCGCCCUCUUCUGUGGCAAAAUGUAGCGACACAGAACGAGGUAUAUGUCUUUGAGGACGACCCAGAUCCCCGAACAAAGUAUUCGGAGAUCAACACGACAACAGACGAAGAGCUCGAAGAAGAGGAGGAUGUUUUAGAUGUUACGAUUUGUAGAUUCAUCAUGAUCUUGAGCUUGAUGGGUUCUUGUAAUAUAAAUUAGAAUUAGUUGUACGUGUACUUGUAGAAUUAGAAGCAAGUGCAAGGAGAAAGAGAACUACGGAUACAAGUCAUCUAUUAUCCUAGUUGGUUGAGAAUCACAUCAACAGAGACGAGGAUCGGCUUUUUCAUGAGAAUUACACAUUUGUGGGAGGUACUUAUCAUGACUGUUUCCUACAUCAUCUAAGGCCAAGGACAAUGAUGGGGGUGGACGACCACUAAAGAGGAGAAGAUUUGAGAGUCAGCAGGAACAGCCUGAGGACUACUACAAAGUAGCCUGGCAUGCAACCCCAUGUGCUGUUACGAUGUACUUUCUAACUUUCUUGAUCGAAUUGUUUAUGAGUGCUUGUGCUGGUGGAAUGAACUGAAAACAAGUAGAACAAGAAACUCCGCUCCUCAGACCACUGCAACUUAUUACCUCUUCCUCACACUAACUAUUCAUACAGGUUAAAACUAGCUCGUGGUCUUGAAGUGGUUGAUAAAGACCUGCUAUGGCUGGCUGCAGUAGGCGGCACAGCACAGCGGGAAUUUAGUUAUGCGCAUGAGGGACAUUGCGAUAGGCAGUUACAGUUUUUGCAGGAAGUGGGGGAGAGCGAAGAUGUCAUACGACCGAAAAUGUUUGGAAUAUUGACGCCGGAGAAUGAAGCAAGAGCAGCGCGAACAGCGCCUAGCACGGGAAUAGCGCGCGAUAAAAAGAAUUUGAGAUAUGAAGACGACAUACAGGCUUUCUUGUAUAGGCACCAAAGCCUCAUGACGGCAAUGAGCUUGACUUCGCUUGUUCACGGAAGAAUGCGCUUGAGCAAAGAUGGGACGAUGCAUCUAAAACAGUUCUUCUCGGAGAGCGGGGUAUAUCUCGUCCACAUAACAACUAGUACUCUUCUAAAAAAUUUGAGAAUAAUAUUUGGUACGCUAAGAAAUUUAGAUCAUGAACAUGAUCGACUUCGACAGGUCCUUAAUUAUUCUUUUUUUUCCGUAAUCUACUUCCUCGACUGACAUCAAUUGUGGACACCAACAUCCAACCCCACACCAUCCUAAUUCAGGUGAACCCUUCCGAAAGCCAACAACUCUCCUCUGCCAUGCCCUUUCACGUGAAGAGCAAACUAGUCAGGAAGUUCAAAGAGAACGAGAGGCGGCAUAACAUCGAAGGCUUGGUAGGCAAGGCUUUUGUAAGGCAUUUCCAUCGACUUCAUGGCCAACAUCAGAGUUUAGCACUACACGAACUCUCGGCAGCAGAUACGAUACACAUCGCCACUGCCUUGCUUGAAGAUGGUAUUGAUUGAGGAUGAGGUGCUGGGUGACGUCUACCUCUACCUGUUACAUCCUAAACUAGUAAUCAAAUCCGCCACGCGCACGAUCUUACAACCCACUUGCACUUGUCCUCCAUAUAACAAACCCACAGGCGUAUCUCUCGGAGUAGAAUCUAUAAAAGACAAUCCCGACUACGACCCAGCUACGAGAAAAGGCGAAAUUAAUAGGACGAUCAAGGUGAACAUGCGUAAAAAUUGGGCUAAAUGCUACGACUCACUCGCCUUCAUGGAUUGCGAACUACUCAAAAACGGUCUCAAUUUCGCGCUACAGAUCCAGCAGGAGAUCGAACAGAAGGCGAAGAUGCUGAUACAAGAGCGGAAAGUGAUAACGUAUCUUAAGACACGCGACAGUGCAUCCUCAAAACCAUCCUUGCAAGCGUCCUUUUCAAAGAGGAAAAGAAGCAGCCAAGGAUGUUGUGCCUCUCUCUCGAGGAGGAUAGCUUCCACGAAGUAGUUCUAAGUAUCGCGCCGUUUUUAAGUGGGCGAAGUUCAAUAUAGGAGGGUCAGAUCUUUUUCGGCGGCCGAGUAUUGUGCGGAGAUUAGCUGUGUGGCUCAUGGAAAUAACAUACAAACACGCUUUGAAGAAGAGCCACAAAACGCUGCCCCACUUGAUCAUUGCGCAAGACGAUGCAAGGGAAACGUACCUUGACUUCUGCCGAGCUAGAUUCUUUAGAUGCAACAAGAUCAUAUGCUUGGAUGCUUGUAGUUGAUUUCUUGCGUGCGUACCCAGUACAAUCUUCACAACAAGAAGGUGAACUACUUCUAUCAUUUUUGAUUUGCAUGCACAUGCUCCUCCUGUAUUUCCCUCCUGUAUGCUUACCCCAUCUCGACAAGCGUCAGGUCUCUCUGCGUGGGUGUGAUUCCGUACCAAGAUAAAGGGGAACGGAAUAUGUUUGCGCAUCGCUUUGGCUUAAGGCUGUGUACACCCAAUCAGUAGUUCUAACUAUCUGAAAGACGUCUACUAGGGGAAAACAAAACACUAUUAAUCAUACCUCCCACCAAGAAGAUUGAGUUACUGCACCCAGUCGUGGUCCCAGAAGAGGACUAUCUCGCUUCUUCUAAUCCAAGCAGCAGCUCAUGCGGCCGGCAAUAAUAUCAGCAUCAAACACGACUUUUGGGAUCCGAACAUUGUUGAGAUUGCCACAAAAGACUGGCUCAAAUUUUGGAAGGGUCUUACUUCGUCUACCUAGUGGUCCGUUUUAGUUUUCACGCGGUGCAGUCUAGGACCACGGCAGGAUGUAGGAAAUGUUAUCCGAUGCGUGGCUCAAGCGCACGCCCGUCGACGUCGCACGACUGGGUAGAAUUGAAUUUACUUAUAAUAAACAUCAUCAUCUACAACACGAGGGACACAAGAGCUCCCGUUCCGUAUCAUUAGAUCACCGAAAUUGACAUUAAAUCUGUCUUUCCACUUUCACUUACAAAUAUUGAAUCUGGGGUUUUCGCAAUCUUCAUUGCUACAAGUUAACAAACUUCGUACAAAAUAGUCAAUCUCAAUUCUCACGUGUGUUUGCUCGAGUGCGGGUACUUACUUCGAAAUAAGUACUACAUGUUUUUGUUUUUGUUUAUCUCUUUGUUCACGUUCAGCGUCACCUUCACCAGUCUCAGAAAACGCGUUACGAUCGUCGACAACGUUUGGAUGGAGAAAGGAUAUCGAUCAAUCAUCCUUGGGAAAAUGAUAUUACCCAGCCUUCGGAAAAUAACAGUCAGCACUUCAGUUUUUUUUUUCAGGUAGAUGAUUGAAUGAAUGAAUUACAACGAUUUUCGGAAUUUAUGUUGAAACAUAGUUUCAGAAAUAUCUUCAUCGCCGCGGCAA